AGAGGAGAGGAGAGCCUUUGCUAAUGUGAACAGUGAAGGAUAUUCCAACUCACGCCUAGGGAAAUCAGAAGCUUGGAGCUGUGCAUGUGUUUGUAAUACAUGCCAGAGCCCGAUUAUAUUUAAAUAUUUGCAUUGUUUCUACUGCCCGUUGCGUAGAAAGAGCCCAGCGUAAACAUGACCACGUUAACCUUACUGGUCAUAGUAAUUUCUGCCGCUUUGGUAGCUGCAGAAUCAUCUGUGUAUUUCCGAGAACAGUUUGACGAUGGGGACGCCUGGCAGAGCCGAUGGGCUGAGUCCAAACACAAAUCCGACUACGGGAAGUUUGUGCUGUCUGCUGGAAAAUUCUAUGGUGACUCGGAGAAGGAUAAAGGCCUUCAGUCCAGCCAGGACGCCCGCUUCUACUCCCUCUCAUCCCGCUUUGAGGACUUCAGCAACAAGGGUCAGCCACUGGUUAUCCAGUUUACCGUGAAGCACGAGCAGAACAUCGACUGUGGUGGGGGCUACAUCAAACUCUUCCCAUCCGCCCUGAAACAGGACAGCAUGCACGGAGACUCAGAGUACAACAUCAUGUUUGGACCUGACAUCUGUGGCCCUGGAACUAAGAAGGUCCAUGUGAUCUUUAACUACAAGGGCAAGAACCACUUGAUCAACAAAGACAUCAGAUGCAAGGACGAUGAGUACACCCACCUGUACACUCUGGUCGUCAACCCAGACAACACCUACGAGGUGAAGAUCGACAACAAGAAAGUGGAGUCAGGCAGCCUGGAGGACGACUGGGACCUCCUGCCAACCAAAAAGAUUAAGGACCCCGAGGCCAAAAAGCCAGAGGACUGGGAUGAGCGGGAGAAGGUUGAUGACCCCGAGGACGCCAAGCCUGAGGACUGGGACAAGUCUGAGAACAUCCCCGACCCUGAUGCCAAGAAACCUGACGACUGGGAUGACGAGAUGGAUGGCGAGUGGGAACCCCCCAUGAUCACCAACCCUGAGUACAAGGGUGAGUGGAAGCCCAAACAGAUUGAUAACCCUGCCUUCAAGGGCAAAUGGGUCCACCCUGAGAUGGACAACCCUGAGUACAUCCCUGACUCUGAGAUCUACAAGUAUGACAGCUUUGGAGUCCUUGGACUGGACCUGUGGCAGGUCAAGUCUGGCACCGUCUUUGACAACUUCCUCAUCACCAACGACCCAAAGCUGGCAGAGGAAGUUGGAGAGGAGACAUGGGGGGCAACCAAGGGCCCUGAGAAAAAGAUGAAAGAGAGCCAGGAGGAGGAGGAGAGAAAGAAGCGUGAGGAGGAGGAGGAGAAGAGGAAGGAGGAAACCAAGGAGGAGGAGGAGGAAGACGAGAAGGAAGAGGAGGAGGAGGAGGAAGAAGAGGAGGAGGAGGAUGAAGAAGAAGAAGAGGAGGAGGACAAAGAGGAAGACACAGACUCUCAACUGAAGGAUGAGCUAUAGAGGGGGCCCAGGGACUGGGGGAGAGAGAGGCCCACCGAGGGGAACGGGGUGAGGGGUGGCGGGAGGGGGGGGGAUGGGUACGGCAGAGGACCACACUGUGCUGGACAUUCCUUUUACUAACGACAGCCUUUUUUGGGGAGGACAUGGGCUCGGGUUGGCUCGUUGGGUUUGGUUCUAGUGGUUGUUUUAUUUUGUGAAAUUUUGUUUGUUUUUGUUUUGUUUUGUUUUCAGCAAAUUAUAUUUAAAUAUAUGUAACUUUAAAAAGAACUCAUUUGGUCAAACAUGGAAUUUAACACAAUGAUCAUCUGAUUAAAAACAGGUGAAACAUUGGUUUGAGGCAGGGACAAGAGGAGUAGAGGAUUUAGAGGCAAAGUCAUAUGUCCUUAAUGACAUUUAAGCUAAUUAAGAAUAUUCUGUCUCAUUCAGGGGUGUCAAUUUACAGAAAGAACAUCAUUGAUUUUUGCUCUAACAUCUAUUAAAAUGAAAAAUGACACUAGAUAACGGACUCAGAUUCUCAGACACUACUUAUACCUCAUUGUUCUCACAUGUGUUAAUCUUCUGAUCCUAGGGCCCUAGCUUAUUAUGUUAUCUAGCCUGUGGCUAUAGUGUCAUCUGCAAGCAUACAUCACAACUUUUAUAUAAUUAUUGUUAUGAACUUAUAACAUAAUUAUUGUUAUAAAUCAUGUUUUUUACUCAAACUGCAAAAAGAGGAUAAUCUCUGGGCCUGGUGUAGGCUAGGUAAACAGAGAGAACACUUUUCACACGAUUCAUGUGUCGCUUUCUCGCAGUUAAAUGAAGAUCUGAGUUUCAACUCACCUUCUCUCAGAGAAUGUCAGCUUUUUACCCUCCACCUCCACCGCAUCCACAGAGCAAUACAUCUUCUUCGCAACCUCUUCAUCUGUGUCCCUCUACGCACCAUCCUUUCCUCUACUUUUUCUUUAUGCUCUGAGCUCUGCCACAGCCUCCUAUUGAGCCUUCGCAUCUCUUUCAUUUAAUGGGGGAGACGUGUGUCUCGUUUGUCCCGUCUUAUCCUCUACCUGCCUCCUGAUUCUGACCUGAAUAUGCACUGCUGCACUCAACCACAUAGUUCAGCCAGCGACAGGAAUUUUUGUUUUUGUUUGUGUGUUAGUUUGUUUUGGAGAUCUAUUUUGUACUAUUUUGUGUUGGAUAGGGGAGUAUGCUCAUUGCAUUAACUGUACGAGGUGGAGUGGGAUUCAGUGGGUACUGUAAGUAACUGUCCAAUAAUAAAAUUAAAAAAAAGAAGA